GACAUUUGGCUGAUGAGUCCAGGUGGCUGUGGAGCAGAAGCAAGAGGUGUUCCAGACAGCCUUCUGGUUUUGUCUUGGACGAAAGGUAGAUCAAAGCACAGCAGACAGCACGCUUUAUCUCUGGCCAAGGAGAAAAGGAAGGCUCCCAGCAGUGUGUGAUGAAAUUCAGGAGGUUCUUCAUCGCUCUGUCUUGGAUAUGUGUACUCUUAAAUCCAUGCUGGUCCCAAGAGGUGCAUGAUGAUAAGCCUAAUGUAGUCCUGAUUAUAGUGGAUGACCUUGGGAUUGGGGACCUGGGCUGCUUUGGCAAUGACACCAUGAGGACACCAAACAUCGACCGCUUAGCCAAGGAAGGCGUGCAGCUGAAUCACCACAUCUCUGCAGCCCCCAUGUGCACCCCAAGCCGGGCCGCCUUCCUCACGGGAAGAUACCCCAUCCGAUCAGGAAUGGUCUCUAACACACGGAAUCGUGUCAUCAUCACACUUGGAGCCCCUGCUGGACUCCCUCGUAACGAGACGACGUUUGCAGCAUUACUGAAGAAGCAAGGGUAUAGCACGGCAAUAAUAGGCAAAUGGCAUCAAGGCUUAAACUGCCAAUCCCGACAUGACCAGUGCCAUCAUCCAAAUCAUUAUGGCUUUGAUUACUUCUAUGGCAUGGCGUUCACUCUCACUGACCCCUGCUGGCCAGAUCCCUCUCGUGACACAGAAUUAGCCAUCGAAAGCAAAAUCUGGUUUUGUGUGCAGCUGGUCGGCAUUGCUGCACUCACUCUUAUCUUGGCAAAACUGUGUCACUUGAUCUCUCUUCCCUGGUUCUUCAUCCUCUCUAUGAUUCUUUUUAUUUUUCUGCUGGGCUACUUUUGGUUCUCCAGUUACUCGUCUCCUCUGUACUGGGAUUGCCUCCUCCUACGACAGCACGACAUCACCGAGCAGCCCAUGAAGGCAGAGCGAGCUGGUUCCAUCAUGGUGAAGGAGGCAAUUUCAUUUAUGGAAAGGAACCGUGAAGGACCUUUCCUCCUUGUUUUCUCUUUUCUGCAUGUGCACGUGCCUCUCCCCACAACGACCGAGUUCAUCGGCACCAGCCAGCACGGCUUAUAUGGGGACAAUGUACAGGAGAUGGACUCCAUGGUGGGCAAGAUUCUCGAUGCCAUCGACUUUUUUGGUCUGAAGAAUCACACCCUUGUCUACUUUACAUCAGACCAUGGGGGACACUUGGAGGCACGGGUGGGCCAUUCCCAACGUGGAGGGUGGAACGGAAUAUACAAAGGUGGGAAAGGCAUGGGCGGCUGGGAAGGUGGAAUCCGUGUUCCGGGACUUAUCCGCUGGCCGGGAAGACUGCCAGCUGGGAAAGUGAUCGAGGAACCUACAAGUUUAAUGGACAUGCUCCCCACCCUAGCGGCCGUGUCAGGAGGCAUGGUCCCUCAGGACAGGGUGAUUGAUGGCCGGAACCUCAUGCCCUUGCUUCAGGGUGAAGUGCAACGCUCGGCACAUGAGUUCCUGUUCCACUACUGUGGAGCGUUCCUACAUGCUGUGCGCUGGCACCCCAAGGAUAGUGAGGCAGUGUGGAAGGUUCAUUACGUGACACCCGUGUUUCAGCCACCAGGAGCUCAGGCCUGCUAUGAGACCAUCUUUUGCCAAUGCUCAGGCAACCUGGUCACCUACCACAACCCUCCUCUGCUCUUCGACAUCACCAGGGACCCCUCCGAGUCCACACCUCUGACCCGGGACACGGAGCCCUUGUUUGAUGUAGUGAUCCGAACGGUGGCCAACGCCGUGAAGGAACACCAGAAAAGCAUUAUUCCCGUCCAGCAGCAGUUGUCCGAAUUGAAUUAUAACAACCCGUGGCUGAAGCCUUGCUGUGGUGUGUUUCCCUUCUGUCUGUGUGACACAGAGCAGAACAUCUCAGUUGUGGGACCAUAAGGAGAAACAACGAUUGAGAUCAGGCAGCCCACAUGAGCAGAUGUCGACAUCUGUGAAAUUUCAAGGAAGGAGUUGGAGAGCCAAUGGGUUUCUUUACAGCUCCAGAUCACUAUGUGCCCAUUGGUUGUGACACUGUCUGUUAACUUCUUUUUCUUUUCUGCUCUUGGUGAGACGUGUGUGUCUAAACCUGUCUUCUGGGGUUAGGAGACAAGCAUUCACAUGGGCUCUGUUGCUCUCCAAAGCAAACUCUCCAUGUCAGGUUGUCUGUGCAUCUAACUCAUUGAUUGGGAAAGUGAAAAGGCCAACCAUUAAAGCAUAAUGAUU